AUGCCUCCGAAGCGCAAGAGAUCGGAUCGGCCCUCCGGCGGUGAAUCCGGCCGGCCUUCACCACACCGGCCAUCGGACAUGGCCAUGGGACAACACGAACGAGACGACGGUCACAACAGAGGCCGGGGUCGGAACCGUGGAGGCUCUGGCCGCCGCGAAUCGUCGCACGGGCAUGGCCGUAACGGAACGCACGGCCAACCGCAACCUCAGUCGUCGCCCACUCGCCAACGGCCCGGCUCUGGCACGCAACAAGCUUUGUCACAGCCCUCCAGGCAAUCCGCGGUGAAUGUACCGUCAUCACCGACCAAGAAUAACCCUGCGCAGACUCCGUCCCAACCCGCGACGGCAGUCGCGCGUCCACAACAGUCAGAGCCCGAGCCUUCUAAGCCGCUAAAGCCUUCCAACUAUCACUUUGACAUAAUAACGGACGAGCAAGUGGCGAAAUGGGCCGCUGCUGGAAGAGAACAUGUCGUUUCCCGCGGUAUCCAGGCACGCGAGGACAUUGAUGUCGUGGAGCUGGCUAGCCUACUUCAAGAGUUUAUACAUGGCGUCUUGGGCGGUAAGCUGUCACCCGUAGAUGCUGGCACCUGCGUUAGGGAAAUCAUUGGCGACGAGAAUAAGGAAGUGAUUAAGGACUCAUUUACCUUUGCCCCGCAUACGCUGUUUCUCGAUUCACUGGCCAUCGUCAUGGACAACGACUCCGACCUUUAUCACCCAGUUCUACGACAGUUUCUCAUGGCUACAGGCGUCUCCCCCGCGCUUAUGCGCCAGGUUCUCGAUGCGCCCAUCUUGCAGCAACUUGGCCUUAUUCGCGACACCUUUGCUAGACUGGGCGUUCGCCAAGCCACAAAUCUGCUCUAUCGCCAAGCCAACUACAACCUCCUGCGGGAGGAAUCGGAAGGCUACUCAAAGCUCAUUACUGAGCUAUUCACGACAAGCAGUGUACCUCCACCACCUCCGGAAGCUGCGCAACACACAUUCGAAAAAGUAAAGGCCUUGAUAGGCACAUUUGACCUAGAUGUUGGCAGAGUCUUGGACGUUACUCUCGACGUGGCCGCCGCCGUUUUGAUCAAGCAAUUCAAGUUCUUCGUGAAGUUCUUGAGAAUCAGCUCUUGGUGGCCACGCUCGCAGCUCAAGCUCACGUCCCCCUCUUUUUCGGCCGGUCUUCCCACUUGGGCACACCCUGAUUACUCCAGUUGGAUGACCAGCCCCCAUGAUGAGGCAGCCAACGCCGAAGCCAAACAAUUACGAGAUACCGAGUUCUGGAAUCGUGCAAGACAGAUUCACCUAGCAGCAUUCUUUGAGCUAGGAGGUCGCGAGGUGCCUGAGCAGGCCAUUCAAACAGCCUUAAUCACGAAUGGUGAAAACAACCAGGACGGCUCGUUGAAUCUCGAGCAGCAAUGGAUCCAAGAAACCAACACUUUGCCUCCUCCAGGCAACCGGGUCGCUGCUCAGCUACUUGGAUUCAAGCUUCGAUUCUACAACUCGGAGCUUCGUGCAGCAGGUGAUGUCUUGCCGGCCAAUCUGCUAUACCUUGCCGCUCUAUUGGUCAAGGUAGGUUUCAUCUCUCUCACGGAUCUAUACCCACAUCUUUCCCCUGCGGAUGAUAAGAUGGAGGGGGUGAGAGAAAAAGAAAUGAAGAACAUUGAGGAGAGAGAGCGUGCUUCUAGAGGCGGUGGAAUGAAUGCUCUGCUCAUGGCUGGUGUACUGCCACAAGGCGACGACGACAACCCCAACGCAGUGCGCAGGGAAGCUCCCAAGAAGACCGAAGCUGAGACGAAGCAAGCUGCCGAAGAGUCCAAGGACUCCAAGACGCAGCUACCAGAACCACUGGAGCAAAAGGUGUCCUUCUUGACGCAGCUUUUGACUAUUGGUGCCAUUCCCGAGUCGCUGUUCAUCCUGGGUCGCUUUCCUUGGAUACCGGAAACCUUCCCUGAGGUCCUCAACCGAAUCCAUCGCAUUCUCAACAUAUCAGUCGAAAAGGUCUACAAUAUCAGCAAAGCUACAUCAACCACCGACAUCACGUGCCCUACAAAAUGUGUACCCGACCUGGACCAGACUGGUAUUCCAAAGGGCAACGUCAAGCUGACUCGUCUUCCUGACAAAAAGUUUUGGCGUUGGCCAUUCCCCGACAAGCACGACACAAAUGAGAACCAAACGUAUCGCUUUUACUGGGAUGAGUGGUCAGACCAGGUCCCCGUUUGUCAGACAGUUGAGGAUGUUUUCACUCUUUGUAAUACGUUCCUCAACAUCUCGGGUGUCUGCAUCGGCAAGGACGAGGCGCUGCUCUCCAAGCUUGCUAGCAUUGGUAGUAUGAGUUUGGCCCAAGACGGCUCGGACGAGAACCUGAAGAGAUGGCAUGAUUUACUGAAGAGACUUCUUCUUCCCGCCCUCAGCCAUACCCAGGCAAACGCCGCGGUUGUGAAUGCGAUCUGGGAUCUUCUUCAGCGAUACCCUGUCACGAUUCGCUAUGCGCUCUAUGCCGAGUGGUUUGAAGGGCAAACCUCCCGACUUCCCGCUAUGCGCACGGCAUUCGCCAGAGCUACGGCAGAUACGAGAGGUAUCAUGAAGCGUGUCUCUUUGACAAACUUGAGCGAAAUGGCAAAGCAACUAGCAAAGACGAGCUACUCUUCGCCGGGUAUUGUUUUCAGGGUCGCAUUCGAGCAGCUUGAGUCAUAUUCCAAUCUCAUCGACGCUUUUGUGGAAUGUGCCAAGUACUUCACAGACUUGUCAUAUGAUGUCCUGGUCUGGUCGCUGAUGAACUCACUCGGCAAGUCCAGAAGCCGAACGCAGGCCGAUCACGCCCUGACAACCAGUAAAUGGCUUCAGGCUUUGUCCAGAUUUACUGGCAAGGUGUUUCGCCGGUACUCUCUUCUCAAUGCCACUCCUGUUCUGCUUUACGUCAACGACCAGUUGUUCCAUGGCAAUUCGACGGAUCUCAUUAUUCUCAAGGAACUCAUCUCUUCCAUGGGUGGCAUUGUUGACUUGAUUGACUUUACCGAUUACCAAAUUUUGUCCAUGGCCGGUUUCUUGUCCCUACGCAAACACACUCUCAUCCGCGGAGGCGACAAGCGGUACGACAACACGAAAAGCUCGAAGCGCCUCAUCGAAGCUCUGACCGAUUCCGGGCUCGCUCCACGUCUGCUAGUCAACCUCGCCCAGUACCGACAGGCGACAAUCUUCCAGAUCCCCGAGGAUGAAGCGCAUCUGAAAUAUCUCUCCUCCAUCAUCGACGAUUCGCAUCAAACACUCAUCCAAUAUCUCGACUUCUUGUGGAACAACCUUGAGCAGCCCGAAUUCGACAGCAUCGUGCCCUCGAUACCAGAGUUGAUGCAGUCAUAUGGCCUCGACGUCAGCUUGGCUUUCCUCAUCGGCCGUGCGAGCUUGUCUCAGCGUGUUUUCCACUGGAACACGGAAGAUGCCAACAACACGAAGAACGCCGCGGCUCAAGCUGACAAAGACGGCGACUUGGCCAUGGCGGAGAAGGCCGCAGCAGAUGAAUCCACGCCUGAUGUGGCUGCUGUAAUUAAUCAGAAUCAAGCGCAAUUUGCCCAAAUCGGGGCCUCGUUACAGUCGCUCACGGAUGUUGUCAAGGCGAGCGCGGGCCCCGAAGUCUGGGAGAAGAUAACGCCGGAACUUCCUACGACAUUCUGGGCUCUCCAGCUGGGUGAUAUCUACUGUCCUGCCGACAUCUACAAGUCGGAGGCCGAUCGCCUCAAAGCCGAAGAGUCUGCACUUCUUCGUGACCGCAGCGACAUGACACGCCGUGGCCAAGAGAUGCGCACCGAGAAACGAAAGGAGUUGACUCAACUGCAAAUCAAUCUUCUAGAAGAUCGCAAAAAGCACGUCAAGACACAGGCAAACUGGAAUGAAUACCUCACGAAUUUGUUCCAGUCGUCGUUUGUCCCCACGGCCAAAGCAGAUGCCAUUUCCGAUGUGCUGCUUGAGCAGUGCAUCUUGCCUCGUGUGCUUCUUUCGCCUGCAGACACGGAAUUCGCCUUCCGUUUCGUCAGACUGCUGCACGACAAUAACGCGCCAGGUUUCAGGCUCAUGUCAUUUUACAACCGACUAUUCAACGCCAACCGCCUGCGAACACUAAUUUUUACAUGCAGCGUUCGCGAGGCCGAGUACCUUGGACGCUUCUUCAAACUUAUUCUGCAGGAUCUCUCCAGAUGGCACAAGAAUGCCCCCCCUCCGGGGGCUAGGACAGCGAAGGCUCAGAAACCGCAAGGGGCGUACGACAUGGAAGGUAUUGGGCCUCGUGAGAGCGGUCUGCGUGGAUUCGCGCUUACGGUGGACGACGAUGGCAAGCCUUUGACAUUCGUGGAGCAUGCACAAUUUAGAGAUUUGCUGUUUGGCUGGCACAAGAAUCUAAAUAGUGCCCUGAAAUCUUGCAUGGGCGGUAGCGAAUGGAUGCACAUCCGCAACGGCAUUACUGUGCUGAAGUCUGUGGUCGACUUUUUCCCGGCUAUCGACUUCAUGGCUUCUCAGUUCACGACACAGCUGAAGAAAAUUACGGAUCAAGAGGGCGACAAGAACUUUGCACCCGGUGACGAGCUUGGAGGACGUGUGGACUUGGCUGUUCCUGCACAAGGUGCUCUGUCGGAGUUGAACAAAAGAAAGGGCAAGUGGGUUCUGGUGCAGGUGUUCCGUACCAACGCGGACGUCGGCGCAAAGACAACCGACAAGUCCGCUCCACCGAGCCUGCGUGCCACGGCGCCAGACUUCAAACCUGUCGCUGCUAAGAUCAACGCGUCGAAGACUGGAGAAGAAGAGGAUGGCGAAGUUCAUGACUCGAAGCACAAGAAAUCGGGUGUCACGCCUGUCGGCCCGGGAAGAGACAACUUGCCUGCUAGGCCAUCGCGAGGUGGAGUUGGCCGUGAGGCAGCGAAGGAGGAAACCCCUACUUCUGGCCAAUCGCGCUCAUCGACUCCGAAAACAGGGCCGAAGACAGAUAGAGGCCUCAAUCUUCCCGAUAGACCCAAUCUCCCUACACGUCCGGAUGUGCCUAUUCCUGGUCACUACACGCCCGAGCGAUUUAAUCAGUCGCGCGGCCACGAGAGACGUGAUGGCAGAGAGAGCAGGGAGGGGCAUGAGGGCAGAGAAAGCAGGGAUGGUCGGAACCGACGCGAGCCACGCGAUAACCGAGAGGGACGCGGCGAACGGGAACGACAGCGAGACGGUGUCAGCGGAGAGACAAGCAAAACGAGAGAGCAUGAACGACAACCGCGUAAUCCUAGAAGUGCACGCGGAAACGAAGAAACAACAGCUCCAUCGCCAGCGUCUCCAGGUGGCCAAGCAGAGCCUCCGAUGAACCCUCAGCGCGCAGCACUGUUUGCUCAAGAUGACACUGCCAAAACGCAACGUAGUGGACAAGAGUUGGACCGACCCAAGCCUCGACGACCAGAGCCAGCUGGCAGCUUGGACAAUGUCAAUCCGGAGCGCGCAGCUCUACUGGAGCAGCGCGAAGAGAAGUCGUCAGCGCGGGUCGCUAAGUACGACGGCCGUGAUCGCGAUCGUGACCGAACUCCAAGAACUCAGUCCCCGCGACGCGCGGGUCGCCAUGGCGAGCAAAGUGCUGCCGGAACACCUAGCAACUUGGAUGAGAGGCAUGGGCGUGGGCAUAGUGCUGAUCAUCGAUCCCAGGGUCGCAACCGAGACCGCUCGCCAGGCGCAUCUAGUUCUUCCCGCGGUGACAAGGGCCCGGAUCGCUCGGAGGCGUUUUACGGAGCUCCGCGCGGCCCUGACUCGGAGAAGCGCCAGCACGCAGGCUACCAGGACCCCAACUAUGGCCGACUCAAUCCUGUCUCUACCGGACCAGAAACGCCGUCAGGUCCUCGACCACGAGGUCGCGGUGCCACUAGAGGCGGGCAAGCUACUCCUACCGGACCAGCGGCUCAGCAGGAUGUUCGCACUAUCUCGUCCGACCAAAGUCAGACGCCAAUUAUAGAACGGCAACCACCCUCAGGCCCAGCAUCAGGCCGCGGCCGGCGUGGCGGAUACGAGACAAGCACGCCGGGAACAGCUCCUCCAUCGCAGAGUGGCCAGUCUAGAAAACAAGGGGGACCCAACGGCGAGAACGCUGGCACACCAAGCGGCGUUCAUCCGGAUCGUCUGGCCAAGAUUGACAACAAGUCAGCCCUGCCUCCGCCUCCGCCGCCGCCGCCUCCUGGUCCUCCACCGGGUCAGAGCCGUGGUGGUGAGGGAAGCAUCCCAACGGGACCUUCAGCAUCAUCCGACAGACAUCGGGGUGGUCGUCGCCAAUUAGCGGGCAUCAAUAAUGCUCUUCAGCAGGGCUCUCUGGACGGCAGCAGCCGUGGAAACAGUCACAGUCGACAGCACCAGUCUCGCCAAAUGCUGGGUGGCAACUCGGAUGCACAGGUGCUCGUCGGCGGAUCGCAGCCCUCCACCUCUGGGCCAGAGCACGCGCGCUGGAUGGACGCUCCCAAGGGCCCUGCCAAUGGUGACGGCGGUGGACGAGAGCAGAGCCGCGGCUACCGAGACAACAACAACAACCGUGAGCGGUCGGGCCGAUCGGGACGCCCUCGCAGCCAGGAGCGCGAUGGCAAAAGCGGUGGACACGGCGAGUACCGCGAUCGACGUUCCCUGGGUGGCGAUGCUGCUCCUGGCGGUGAGCAACAACAACAUCAAGGACCCCGUGGGCCGGGUGCAGGACCGGACUGGCCUGGCAAUACCAACAGCAACAGCCGAGGCGGCGGCCGUGGCGGUGGCGGGCAGCGGCCCGAUGAUCGUGGCCAUCGCGAGGACCGCGGACGCAAGAGACGCAGCGAGGAGGGAUCGGGCAAUCUACCGAAUGACAGAGAGAAGCGAGCGAGAAGAUAA